UCCCCAAGGAAAGAACAUGAGGAGGUGGGGGUGAUGGCAGGCUUGUCAGAGUAAGCCUGUUGGAAAAUAAGAGUGGCUCCUCUGCCCAACUCACAGGAACCAGCACUGCUGUCACUGUUUUGCCAUGAUCUCAGUGACACUGUUUGGACAACUCAGACAUCUGUUUUCCACUUAUCAGGCUAUCAACCUGAUUGUAUUUUUGAUUAAAAAACAUGGCCCUGUUCCAUACAAAGCACUUGUGGAUUUACGUUUUGAAAUAUGAGUGAUUACAAAAGCAAAAUAACAAUGGAUACUCCACAUAGAUUGAGUUUGGAAGGACACGAGGUAGCUUUGGACAACAGGACAUUUUCAACACAGGAAUCAUCUACAGAAGAUGAGGGUACUUCAGCAAAACCAGGUCAAAGAGUGGUUGAUCUUAUCCCUUCAGGCCAAAGGCCACAGUUGGAGCCAAUUGAAGACUGUUGCUGUAGCCUUCCAUCCACUGCUCAUGCAGAAGACGUUCAGGUAAAGCAGGCAGCUCAUAAUCAGCCUCAUCAUUCACUGAAAUGUUAUUCCGGAUGUGUACAAAGAGACUUUAAGUCGCUGGAGCCGAUUUUAAAUGGAUCCAUCAUCAGUCAGGCCUGUGCAUCCACUCUUGAGAUCCCUGCUAACCUGCUUCCAAAAAUCUCAGAUUUACCACACGUUGUGAAGCAAAGACCAAGCACUAUCACCUUCUCAGACAGCACCGGCUCCUCUUGCAUGAACAGCCAUGCUUCUGGCUGCAACAGCUCUGAUGGUGAAGAAUCAUCAGAGACGGAGACAGACAAGGUCAAUGGUAACCAUGAUGAUUAUGGAGAUGGGGAUAAUGAAGAUGUGUUCAUAGAGUUCCCUCACAGUAAAGAUCUCUCCAUGACUAAAAAGAAACAGAAGAAAAGAGCUUGUGUGGGUCCACAUGCAAAAUCUGGGUUUACACCCAGCAACUGCGGGUAUGAGGCAGAGGAGGAAAUAGGCAGCAAGGAGGAGUCUCCACAGGUCACGAGUCCAUGGUCUGAGUCAAUGAGCCAUCUCAUGAGGAAACUGGACCAGCUUAAUCAGGACAUAGAGGAAGCUCUGAGUGAAGGUUCAUCACCCUCUGACACACCUUGCAUUACUCGCAAGAAGCAGUGGGGUGCUGCUUCAAAGUCCUUGCUGAACCAAACCUUGAAUGACAAAGAUCUUCAACGACCACAAAGAAGGGAACGUUGGAGCCAAGACAGAUCAUCUGCUUCUCGCAACUCCUCAACAGGGACAAGGGCAAGAACCAAGAAGGCAAUGUUUAAUAAGAUGACCACUGCAGCUGGUGCUGAAAUUGAAGCAAAAGAGGCGUGUGACUGGCUGCGGGCAGCAGGAUUUCCCCAGUAUGCUCAGCUCUUUGAAGAUUCACAGUUUCCAAUUGACAUCACGCCUGUGAAGAGGGAUCAUGACUUUCUGGACAAAGAUCUGGUGGAAACUCUGUGCAAGCGGCUUAACACACUCAACAAGUGCGCUUCUAUGAAGCUAGAUGUGAAUCUUCCAAAGAAGAAGAGUGAAGACUCAGAUGAAGAAGACCUCUUCGCCAUCAGUGACAAAUGGAUCUUUGAGUGGAGCAGCAGGCGUUGGUCCAGAUUACAGGACAUUGACUGUUUGCUUAGAAAGCAGGGAAAAGGCCAGACCUCCAAGGGCGGCUUGCCUCUGCAAAAUACUACCAGUAGGGAGAGUGUUCUGACGGAUAUCAGUGAGCCUGAAGUCUCAUCGUUACACAGUGAAAGCAGCGGGGGCAGUGGUCAAAGGGCCCUUAGCACAGAAGACUCUGACUGCUCUAACCGCACCUGCUCAGAUUCUGCAGUGAUGCCCGACUCUACUUCACUCACAAUGCCUCACAUCCCCAAAGAAUUUUCCCAGUAUGGCUCUCUGCCUGAUAAGCAAGGCAAGACCAGCCGCACCCAUGCCAAAGACUUCCUGAAGCGCAUGGAGACACUGAGAUCCAGAGGAACUUUAGUAAAGGGCCGGAAGACAUUGGUCAUUAGCUCUCCUGUCCUGCAGCAGGAGGCCCAGGCGCUGAGAACGUUACAUUGUGUGGAGAUUAUAAAUGGAGAUAGCGGAGCUCCAGAUCUUUCAUCUGGCAGGGUUUUGUUACCACAGUCCGGCAGUGAGGGUAGCAGCCAUUCAGGUGGCAGCACUGUCAGCACACCCAGUCUAAAAGAACGAAAGCCUCACCGAGCUGACCACAAGCGCAGUGGUAUGUAUUUGGAGGACAUAGACAUUUUCUCAGGCAACCAAAUGAACAAAGUUGCAGAACAAAACCGCAGAAAUGAGUUUUGCUCCUAUGAAGAUCUAGUGGUCCACAUUCCCAAAGACCAUAAGCCAGGAACCUUUCCCAAAGCACUAUCAAUAGAAAGCCUGUCCCCAUCCAAUGGAGCCUCCAUUAACUGGCACACAGGAAGCAUGCACUUGGACUCCACAUCAAUUCCAUACAGACAAGAAUCCAGGCCUGUCACACAGUGCUGCUCUAGGGGUAGCCGAAUCAGUGUCUAUGAUAAUGUUCCUGGGUCACACCUGUAUGCUAGUACUGGAGACCUAAUAGACUUGGAGAAAGAAGACCUCUUCCCUCACCUGGACGAUAUACUGCUACAUGUAAAUGGUCUGCAGCAGAUAGUGGAUCACUGGUCAAAAAAUGUCUUACCUGGAGGAGAGGUGGUGCAGGUGGAUAGUGGAAAGGAAGAUACGGUACGGUUGCAGUCCUCUAGUCAGAUCACAUUGGACUUUGAGGAAAACUCAGUCGCAGAAAGCCAAACUACUCCUGGUGAUGGAGACAGAGACAAAGUAUUGCUAGCUGAAACGGAAUCUUCGAGGUUCAGAGAGAGAAGAGACUCUGGAGUUGGUGCCUCACUCACUAGACCUAACAGGUUACGAUGGCCCAGCUUUCAGAUAUCCAAUCGCCUAAGUCACUCAAUGGCAUCGCUGCAGAUUACAAACCAGUCAGCAGGCCAGCUGAGUUUGUUACAGAAGUUUUCUCUCCUGCGUCUCACAGCAAUCAUGGAAAAAUAUUCCAUGUCUAACAAGCAUGGCUGGACCUGGUCUGUGCCAAAAUUUAUGAAGAGAACGAAGGUACCAGACUAUAAGGACAAGAAUGUGUUUGGAGUGCCGCUCAUAGUGAAUGUUCAGCGCUCUGGACAGCCCUUGCCACUUGGCCUGCAGCAGGGUUUGAGAUACCUGAGAAGUCAGUGUCUUGACCAGGUGGGUCUGUUUCGAAAAUCUGGGGUGAAGUCCCGAAUUCAUGCUCUGAGGCAGAUGAAUGAAAGUUCUCCAGAUAAUGUGAACUAUGAGGAUCAGUCUGCCUAUGAUGUGGCUGAUAUGGUGAAGCAGUUCUUCAGGGAUCUACCUGAACCCCUGCUCACCAGCAAGCUGGGGGAGACUUUCCUCCAUAUAUACCAGUAUGUGCCAAAGGACCAAAGGUUGCAAGCUGCCCAAGCAGCCAUCAUGUUAAUGCCGGAUGAAAACCGAGAGGUGCUGCAAACACUAAUCUGUUUUCUCAGCGAUGUUACUUCCUCUGUGGAGGAAAAUCAGAUGACACCCAUGAACAUUGCGGUGUGCCUAGCCCCUUCCCUGUUUCACCUCAAUAUAAUGAAGAAGGACAAUCUAUCACCAAAGGCCAUGCAGAAAAAGUAUGCCACAGGCAGGCCGGACCAGAAGGAUCUGAAUGAAAACUUAGCUGCAACACAGGGCCUUGCUCAUAUGAUCAUGGAGUGCAAUCAUCUCUUUGAGAUCCCUCAUGAGAUGGUUACACAGUCACGCAAUUCCUACGUGGAGGCUGACUUGCAUGCACCUACAAUCGAUGACCUGUGCAGACAGCUGGAUGAAGAUGAUGGAACAUAUCAAACACAUAUGGAUGGGAUACUUCAAAAUUUCCUCAAAGAGGCCAGAGAAAAGUCCAAAUACUGGGUGUCAUGCAGCAGUUCUGAUAACACAGAGCUGUGCUACAAAAAGGUGGGGGAUGGAAACCCUUUAAGACGCUGGAGAGUGUCUGUGGAAGUGGAAGCACCACCAUCUGUCGUGUUAAACCGCGUACUGCGAGAGCGCCACCUGUGGGACAUGGACCUGCUUCAGUGGAAAGUGUGUGAGACACUGGAUAAAAAAACGGAGGUGUUUCAGUAUGUCCUCAGCCGUAUGCCCCCUCAUCCCAGCAGAGACUUUGUAGUUCUCAGGUCUUGGAGGACAGACUUGCCCAAAGGUGCUUGUUCAUUGGUUUCUGUAUCCAUAGAGCAUGAAGAUUGCUCUCCUAUAGAAGGAGUUCGAGCUAUAAUCCUGGAGUCAAACUACCUACUGGAACCCUGUGGUUCUGGAAAGUCAAGACUAACUCACAUCUGCAGAGCUGACCUAAAGGGAAGAACUCCAGAUUGGUACAACAAAGCAUUUGGUCAUCUUUGUGCUGCAGAAGCUGCCCGAAUCCGCAACUCCUUUCAGCCGCUGAUCACAGAUGGACCAGAGACCAAAAUCUGAAAGUGUUAUGUCUGUUAAGCCUUGAGAUCGGAACGGAGUGUUGAGUCAUUGCUAAAAGGCUCACAUGUAAGCACUAACAGUGCCCCUGAACAAAAGCACAAUUUGUUUUUGUAAAAGAGCCCUGAAAACAGUUUCAAGCCUUUCAACUUGCACAGUGGCAAAUGUGGAUAUUUUUUGGUGCUGAGCAUAAUAACUCAAUGGGAAUUUAAUUAUAUUGCCAAUGUCCUUGACUUUGUAAUUUUAUACCUUAAUGUUGUAAGUUAAUUAUAUUUCAAUAAUAUAUAUCUGUAAUUGUUAUUAUUGCUAUUAUUUACAAUGCCCAGGACAUUCAAGCUCCUAAAUGCUUCUGAGAAGCAUAAGUUAAUCAGUUCAGAUUUAAAUGUAAUAUAAUUAUGCACACUCAAGUGUUUGUAUAUUUGUGUGAGUAUUCUGUAAAAAAAGUAACAAAUUGUACAUAUGAGAAUGAGUAAAUAGUACACAUGUUAAUUUCAUAUAUGAUUGUUACAUGCUCAUCCUUCUUUUAAUACACAUGGUACCAGAUUGUAAGCUGGUUUUACUUUGGUCAUGUAAUGACAUUUUUGAAUAUGUGUAAUUUUAUUGAAUUUUACCUCCAGUAGUUGUGGAAAAUGAUGACUGAAGGUUUGACUUGAUCAUACCUGCUUUAUGGUACUGACUUAUACAGUCAGGUACAAAACUCUGCCUUGUUUUUUUUAAUAAAACUACCUUUGUUAUAAGA